UGAAUUAAAUUUUCACUGUUUAAAAAGCCAUUAAAUUUAGUUAGCACUUUUUUUGAAUAAAACUGCAUCGGAGUCAUGCAGUUGUACCUACAUUUCUCAUUUUUAUUACAAAAAAGUAAAUAUUUUCUUGGUUUGGUUUUGGUAGAUGUCGCUGCGAUCACUUAACCUCAACAUUUUGUUUAUGGUCCCUAAAUUUGAAAGCUUAAAUUUUUGCAUUAAAAAUCAUGGAAGGUGACAAAAUUGACAUUUAUGACAAUUUGCUAAACGUCGACUUAUCUGAGGAAGUUGAUAAACUACAUCAACAAAAUAAUCAACUUCUCGAUCAUAUAAAGUCGUUAGAGACUGAUAUUGAAAAGCUAUGUGCGCAAAUAUCAGAAAUGAAAAAGACGCAAGAUAAUUUAUCAAAAAAUAUAUCUGAACUGUUCAAAACCGCCAAAACUGAAAUUGAGAGAAAAGACAGGAUUAUCAGUGAUUUGAGAGCAGAGUUGGAUCGCUUUAAGUGUAUGAAAAAGAGCAGUUUUUCUCUGAAACGUGAAAGAGGUCCAAGUCCAAGUGUGCAUAAGUUUUUUGAAGAACCAGCUGCAAAAAAAAUUAGAACUGAGCGUGAUGAAAACUACAAAAAGGAGAAGAGGCCAAGAAGUCGCUCGCGGUCUAGAGACAGGUCUAAGCAUUCUCAUAAAGAAAAGAUUAGAGAUGAAAAUAGGAAAGACCAUAAAAGUGACCAUUAUGAUAAACAUAAUCGAGACACACAUAAGAAGCACUUUAUCAGCGAAAGUCAUCACAAAAGGCAACAUAGUAAUAAGAUGAACUCUGAAAGUACAGAAAAAAGAAAGGAAGACAAAGAUACAAAAAGUACAGAAAAUGAGAAAGUAAUAAAUGAUGAGCAAAGUACUGUUAACAAAAAGCUGUGUGAUAGGCAAGAAAAGAAAUUAGAGGAAAAUAAUAAUAAAACCUUAAUAGUAAGAAUUGAUAAACCGCCUGGUUUUGGAUUGGGAGCUAAAGUAGAAAUGAUGACGAAGAACAAUGAGAAUCAAGCAAAAGAAACUAAGAAAGAAGAAAGUCAAAAAACCGUAAAAGAUCUAAAUGAUGUAGAAGAGAAAAACAAGGAUAAUAAGGAAGAAAAGAAGACAGAAGAAAGUGCUAAACGGAAUAUAACUGAAAAAAAUGACAAAAACUGUGCAUUUGAUGUGAACGUAAUAAAAUCAAAAAACAAGACAAACAAUCCGAAAAUUGAAGAAAAAACUGAAAGUGAAUUGAAAGUGCCCGAUAAAGUGGAAAUGGGAUUGAAGAAAAAUGAUAAUCAAAUAAAAGAAACCAAGAUAGAAGAGAAUAACAAAAAUACAGAUGAGAAAAACAGGGAUAAUAAACAAGAAAAUAAGGUGGAAGAAAAUUUUAACAAGGAUUUAAAUGAAAAACGUGACAAAAACGGUGUAUUUGGUGUGGAUGUAAUAAAGUCAAAGUGCAAAACAAAUAAACCGAAAAUUGGAGAAAAGUCUGAAAGUGAGUUAAAAGUUGCAGAUGAUGUAGAAAUGCAAACAGAGAGUCACAGAGAAGAAACAAAGAAAGAAAAUUGCAAUAAUACACAAAGUGCAGAGGAGCAAAAAAAUAACUUGAAUGAAAUUAAGAAAAACUUCACUGCAAAUGUUAAUAAAAAUGUAGAAGUAAAAAAAUUAAAAAUCAAAGCAAAUAAACCGAAAAUUGAAGAUGUAACCAUUAAAUUAAAACAAAAAUUGGGUGGAGAGGCACGCAAUUCUGACUUUAAUGUUGUUUCUUGUGUUAUCAAUGACUUAAACAUUAGUAAUGAAUCUAUAGAUGAAAAAACAGAUGUGUUGAAUAAGCCUGCAACAUUGGAAAUUAUAGAUAAAACUGUGAUUACAAAAGAAGUGAACAAUACUCAAACGGACAAGAAAGAAAUUGAAGAUUCUAACAAAAAUGACUUGGUUUUAAAAACUAAUAAUUGUGAAAAUAUAGUGGACUUAACUUUAGACGAAACUGACAAGGAAGAGCUACCUAAAGAUAAAAAAUCUGAGUGUAAGAAAAUUACAGAAAAGCCCAAAAUUGUAGCAGCUUCAAAGAAAAUUAAAGACAGUGUUUCUAAAAAGGAAAAAAAGUAUUCCAGUAACAAGAAAGAAAAAGUGUCAGAAACGCCGAAAGACACUGUCCCCAAAAAAGAAAUAAAAGAAAAAAGGCUUUCCGGUGGCAAGAAAGAAAAAACAGAAGAAAUACCGGAAUCGAGUCGCAUUUUAAGAAGCGCUGCAAAAAAGAAAUCUAGUGAAGAAAAUCAAAUACAAGAAAAGAGUCCUACAAAAUCGUUAACUCCUACAAAUUUAUUCGACUGUAGUGUAAACCUAACUCACGAAGGGGAAAUACCCACUCUUCACAUAUCAGACCCUGAAAACCCCCAAAACGACAUGAUUUUAAACAAGGAACAGUGUACGUCUACGACUACUUCAACACCAAUCAGGCCAACAGCUUUAGAAAUGCAAUUUUUGGAAGACUUGAAUCUUUCCUUGGGUGAGAAUAAAGUGACGGAAGCAAAUAAAAAUAGUACUGAAAUUGACUCAAGUAACAAUGAACUAAACACUCUCAGUGAACAGAAAACUCCCAAUACGUCUUCCGCGAAGAAACGGCGCAGGGUUGUUGUUACCAUGAUUGAUUAGUUUUCGUUUUAUUCUAAUAAAACAUUUAUUUUGAA